AAAAUUUAAAAUUAUGUAAUGGCUGGCACACUGUCACUGUCACAAAGUUAAUAGGUAUUCCUUUUUCUUACCUUCGAUUCCCUACAUUUUAGUGUACAAUGGCUGUGUCUGUAAGGGGUUUAUGUCGGUUUAAAGAUGGCUUAAAGCUAAGCAAUGUCAGAUUCCAAUCUGGCACUCCUUAUGCAGAGACCCGAAAGAAUCUUGGGCUUACUAGUGAAACCAAAGUCAUUGUACAAGGAUUCACUGGUAAACAAGGUACAUUCCAUAGUCAACAGGCACUUGACUAUGGCACCAGGGUCGUUGGUGGUGUAUCACCCAAGAAAGCUGGAACAGAGCACUUAGGGAAACCCGUUUUUGCGACGGUGAAGGAAGCCAAAGCAGCUACAGGUGCUGAAGCCAGCGUCAUAUAUGUACCUCCUCCGGGCGCAGCAAAGGCCAUCUUGGAGGCGAUUGAAGCGGAGAUUCCCCUCAUUGUAUGCAUCACUGAAGGUGUCCCUCAACAUGACAUGGUCCGUGUGAAACACGCUCUGUUAAGGCAAAACAAGUCGCGCCUUGUUGGGCCUAACUGCCCUGGCAUCAUUGCCCCGGAGAAGUGUAAAAUUGGUAUCAUGCCAGCUGCAGUACAUAAGCGCGGCUGCAUCGGAGUGGUCUCCCGUUCGGGUACUCUCACUUACGAAGCUUGCCAUCAAACAACUAUAACUGGUUUGGGCCAAACACUUUGCGUUGGUAUCGGUGGAGAUCCAUUCAACGGUACAGACUUCAUCGAUUGUUUGGAGGUGUUCCUUGCUGAUCCAGAAACAAAAGGCAUUAUUCUUAUUGGUGAAAUUGGCGGCAACGCAGAAGAGCUUGCCUCCGAGUAUCUUACCCAAUAUAACACUGGUCAAAAAGCAAAACCUGUAGUAUCCUUCAUCGCGGGUCUGACUGCUCCGCCCGGCAGGCGAAUGGGUCACGCCGGCGCUAUUAUUUCAGGAGGUAAAGGAGGCGCCAUGGAUAAAAUAAAAGCUUUAGAAAAGGCUAACGUUAUUGUCACUCGUUCUCCAGCCAAAAUGGGAGUGGAACUUCUCAAAGAAAUGAAACGAUUAGAAAUUGUCUAAAUAGUAGAUACAUUGGUUAUAUGUACUAUACAAUAUCGUACUCUGUAUAGACUUUAGUAAUUAUAUUGAUAUUAUUUAUUUUU